AUGUAUUUUUACAUCCUCACCCUACUCGUCGGGCUCUGUGGUGCCUCUUCCCAUCUCAACAAGAGAUCUGAAGAAUUCGCCAUCGAUCGCUACAACUUCCCCUAUGUACCAUUCGACAUAGGCGAGUCCUAUGGUGGACUCCUUCCCGUUUCGUCCAAUCCCAACGAUACCCAGAAAUUAUACUUCUGGUUCUCGCCAUCCGAGAACCCCGAAGCCAGCGAAGACAUCACCAUCUGGCUCAAUGGCGGGCCUGGGUGUUCGAGUCUGAUUGGAUUACUCCAGGAGAAUGGCAAUUUUUUAUGGCAGGCCGGCACAGCGCAGCCGGUCGCUAACCCCUGGGCUUGGACCAAGCUCACGAACAUGGUCUGGAUCGAUCAGCCGGUCGGCGCGGGAUUCUCUCAGGGCGAACCCACCGCUUAUGGCUCGGACGACACCGCUGACCAGUUCUUGGGGUUCUGGAAGAACUUCAUCGACACAUUCAACCUGACGGGCCGGAGUGUGUACAUCACAGGAGAGAGCUAUGCCGGCAAAUAUAUUCCUUAUAUUGCGGAGGCGAUGCUCAAUGCCAAUGAUACGGAGCCUGGCUACUACAACGUUCAAGGAACCAUGCUGAUUGAUCCGGCAAUAGGCCCAGACGUGGUGCUUGUUGAGAUUCCCAUGCUCAACUAUGUCGAGAACAACCAAGCAUUUCUGCGCCUCAACUCCACAUUCAAGGAUGAGAUGCGCAUAGCCCAUCGAGACCAGUACAAUUAUUCGUCCUUCUUCGAGACCUAUUUCAAAUUCCCCACGGCGGGUCCCAUGCCGACCAGGCCUGACAUAGACGAGGGGUCCUCACCUUUCCGGAACUACGUCACAGAGGCUGCCGCUCUCAUCAAUCCCUGCUUUAACGUCUACCACAUAACCGAUACAUGCCCAAGCCUAUAUGACCCGCUCCAAACAUUGAGUUCCGCAGACACCAGCCUAGGAGGCUACUUCAACCAGACCGAGGUCCAGCAGGCAAUGAACGCUCCACGUGUCUCCUACUCCACUUGUGCUCCGCGAUCCGUCUUUGUUGAUGACAGCGCGACCGGAGGUCCGGGGAAUGGCGGUGACCUGGCCCCCCCGGCGUCUUUUGCAGCAUUGCCGGCCGUGUUCGACCGCGUGCCGCUGAACCUGGUGCUCAAUGGCGCCCUGGACAUGCUGAUCCCGUCGGUGGGCACCCUCUUCGCCCUACAGAACGUGACCUGGCGGGGAGCAACUGGCUUCAGCGCUGAGCCCACGCAAACCUUUAUCGUUCCUCCUGCAGGAGGGGAUGCCGGCCUCACAGGUCAGGCAGGUGAGAUGGGCACCUGGGCCUAUGAAAGGGGCGUUGUGUUUGUUGAUGUUGCUGGUGCGGGCCAUGAGCUGCCUGAGUACAAUCCCAGUGCUGCAUUCAGGCUGCUUGAAGUCAUGCUGGGAAGGGUCGGUGUCGAGGAGGGCCUCGGGCAGGGUGUUGACUGGACUACGCCGCUGGAGUGAACCUCGGGACUUGAUCUCCAGUGUCAACUCCACAGCCCAGAUAGUCUGGGACAUGGAAGCCGGCUCGUCAAAAGGUGACACUACAACCUGAAUAAAACCUUUGAUGCUC